GGUGCGAAUAUAUACCAAGAUCUUCUAAGUUCUAACUACCUUCAGGUGUGUAUACAUGUGAUGCAUUUAAUAAUAUAAAAACCAAUCCAAAUUUCGUUUGAUCAGUUGUAAAGAGAGGAGAAUAGGCUUCGAUUUUUCUCUGAGAUCUGAGUUUCCUCCUCUGAAUUGAUGUCUGUUCUCUCAACCAGAGUGUGUUUUCUAGGGUUUCAGUGUGCCUUCAUGUAUCAGCGACCGGCAACUGGAGCUUCUAUAGGGUUUUUGAGGGACCCCACGAGUUGUAUAUGUUCAGGGCGCGAUUGCAGGUCUAGGGUUUUCGAGAAUUUGGGUUUGAGAGAAUUCUAAGCUUUUCAGGUGGUGAAUAGAGUUUUGGGGUUUGGGGGCAUCAGGGUUUGGGAGGUUUAGAGAGUUCGGAGGUUGGUUUGAUUUCUAGGGUGGAGAUUUGACUGUAAAAACUGGAGGAGAUUUGUACGGUUUAGUUGGAAUUAGAGGGUGGAAUUUCUUGAGGUUUUUCCUUCGGGGUUUCAUUCUUGGAGAGGGAAAGGAUUUUCUUCCAUCUCCUUUGUGAAGUUCAUUGUGGAGUUGGAGCGUUUUCAGAAACCUGGGUUUUCAACUCUCAAGAAUGUGGAAAGAUGGAAAGUCCUAACCAUUUGUGGAUUUGACCCAUCAAGACUCGAGGAGGGUCAUGGCAUCAAAGCAGUUUCAGAGUGCAGAGAAUGGCAUCGAAGUGUCUUAGUGAAUAAAUCUGUGUAGGUGUUUCAAAGGAUUUAACCGAUUUCAAUGCAAGAUAAGAAGGAUUUAACAGGCAUAGAGAAGGUGACCCAACACCAGAAAAGAACAUAAGGAGGAAGAUUUUGUAAUUUCUUAGGUUUUAUUUUUGUAAUUGGCAUCAAUGUGUGGGGUUAAGUUUUAUCAAAAUCUGGUUUAAGAUGUCAGGGAAGGAAUUAGGGUUUCCAAAGACUCGGGAUUGCAGUCUUCAAGAAGCUGCGAGCCGAGCUGUUCUUCGAGAGGUUCGGCGAUUAGGGUAUUGUGGCAUUGAGCUUAGAGAAUCAGGGAAGCGUGUGAUCUUCUUUUGCACCUUCUGCCUUGCUACUUGUUAUACUGAGAAUUCAUUGUUCGAUCACCUAAAAGGAAACCUCCACUCUAAGAGGUAUGCUUUGGCACAGCAUACCCUCCUUCAGUCCAAUCCUUGGCCUUUUAAUGAUGGUAUUCUUUUCUUUAGUGAGUGGUGUAGCAAAAAACAAGAACUGACGAUACCCAUCAUGCACAAUGAAACCUUCAAUAUCGAGAAUAAGAAGUUGAAAUUGACUUUGAGCAAACAAGAUGAAUGCUCUAAAGUGAUAGUACUCAAAGAAUUUGAUAGUUAUUCUAUGGUGGUUCCUGGCGUCUUAUCUGAGGAUGAAAUUUCUCAAUUAGGGAUUCGGCCUAUUGGGUUUGGGGACGUUGGGUUGAGGAUCAAAGAAGAUACUGGGAGUAUUAGCAAAAUAUGGUGUGUUUGGUUGGGAACUGAGGAUUUCUCGAAGCAGAAGUUAAUAUGCGAUUAUGGUAUUAUGGUUUUCUCUUACUCCGACAAUUUGGGUAGGGAGGAGAUUGUGGAUGAUCCUGACCCAAUGUUAGCCUUGAAUUCUUGGUCAGAAUCAGAGAAUUCUGAAAAUCAUGGAUCAAAAAAGGGAAGAAUUGAUGAUGCCUGUCAUUCUUCAGUGAAGGAGACCUCUGUAUUCAGUGACGGAGAAUUAUAUAAUAAGCAAAUAUGUCAGGCUAGUGAUGCAUUUACGGCUACACAGUGCAAUGAUUUGUUGAAAUGCUCAAGGUCUAUUUCAAGAAAAGCUCAAAGACGAGAAUUAAGGAAAAAGAAGCUGCUCUUGGCGGAGAGAACAUGUGGGAUUUGCAAGUUACAGAUGCUGCCUGGUAGAGAUGUUGCAACCCUUUUGAAUAAGAAGAGUGGAUAUUUUGCUUGCAGCAGUAGGAACACUAGUGGGGCAUUUCAUCUAUUUCACGUGUCCUGUCUCACACAUUGGCUUCUUUUAUGCGAAUCUGAGAUAAUAGCUGGUCAAUCAUGUGGUGUGAAACCUAGCCCAAAGAGGGGCAGAGGAAAGAGGAAGGCAAAAGGAAAUGAGUCUUUGAGUUCACAAAUUUCGCGUGUAUUCUGCCCAGAAUGCCAAGGCACUGGUCUAGAGAUUCAAGAGGGAAAGCUGGAGGCUCCAAGAUUUCCUCUGCAUCAGAUGUUCCUUUGGUUAUUAAAAACGGUUGAAUCACACAAAGCAUAUAUGGCACAUCCCGAACCUCUUCAGGGAUGCUCCACAGGUCUUUGUUUCAAAAAGGACUCCACAGAAGAUGGUCAGGAGAGUGUGAUUCCUCAAAAAUUGUUGUGCUUCUAUCGAGCUGACGAGGAGAGUCUUUGAGUGGGAAUUGUUUGAAGAUCGCCGAAUAAUGUGAUUCUCUGGUUCUGGUGGCAAUUAUUAGAUUUCCCAUGUGGGUAGGAACUUUCGACUCUUUAGUUGUGUACAUGCUGUUGUACCAUAGUAGUGUGCAUUGUGCUCUCUAAUUCUGUACAUUCAUGUUUACUGUAGUACUGUGCAUUGUGCUCUCUAAUUGUGUACAUGCAUGAUGUACAAAGUGGUGUAGAGUUGCAGAGUGUGCUAAUCAUGGUUAACAUAACACGACGACGUAUUGAUGUUCAAUGGAGGCAAUGGAAAUCGUAGUCUUCGAAACUUA